AUGACUUUAUCCAAGUUUGAUAGUCUCCCACCUGAACUAAUCGUCGAAAUAAGUGAUUAUCUAGAUGGAUGCGAUCUAUAUUAUGCAUUUUAUGGAUUAAGUCAACGUAUUAAUACAAUACUCGAUCAACAAUGUCACUGUCUUCACGUAAGUUUUAUUCAUAUACCAAAAAUAAAAUUUGAUUUAUGUUGUAAUCGUAUCCUACCACGCAUAAGUACUCGUAUUGUUUCAUUAACAUUAUGUGGUGAUUAUUCAUCAACACCUGGUCAAUUGACAUUAUUUGUAUCUCGUUUCAAUUCUCUAGCAAGUGUUUUUACUAAACUUGAAUCAUUCAAAUUAACUGAAUAUACUAAAUCUGACGUAGAAAUUCUUCUACCACAUUUGUCUAUGUUGACUCAACUAAAAUGUUUGUCAAUCGGAGAAUAUAAACGUUUAAUGCCAUUUACUAUUAAUAGAAAUGAAUUAUUCAAUGAAAAUGUGAUACUACCUAUUUCAUUGCGUAGUUUGGCAUUUCCAUAUGAAGUUUCAAAUGAAUGGUUUCAACCGUCAAGUACUACAAUAUCAUUCAUAGAACAAUUACAUGUUCAUCUUAUACAUAUGAAUGUAUUGUCUUCGUUUUUACAAAGAUUUCCUUAUUUGAAACGUUUAACAGCUGUUUUAACUGGUAUUAGUCAAAAUACUUUACGAAUAGGAAAUAUUUUUCAAUCAAAUGUUAUAUUACAUAGAUUACGAUAUUUGAACGUAAAUAUUACACGACGCGUAGUUUUUGAUGAUUUUGCUCGACUUCUUAGAAGUUUAACUGAACUUCAUUCAUUAUCACUUGAAGCACUCAAUCCUGAGUUAGAAUUUUUGCAAGCUCGUCGCUGGGAAACAGUUUUACCAUUAAAACUUUCUGUAUUUCGCUUUGACUUGACAAUGACAUUACCAUCAAAUCCUGAUCAUCUUGAACUAUUCGAACCAUUCAAAAGUCAGUAUUGGGUAUCUCGUGGUUGGUUUGUUCAAUGUCGUUUACGAGAUCGUGGUCGUUUUUUUCGCUUGUCUACGAUUCAAUCACCUAUAAUUACUAUUCUCUAUUGGCCAGAUGAUGAAGUAUUACUUGACUCAUCAACUACAACCGUAUAUUCAAAUGUUACUCACAUUGAACUUUGGUGGAAUUUAUCGAAAUCAACCCAAGCAAUAUGUCCUAAUGUACGUUCUAUUCAAUUAUAUGGUGCUGGUAAUUCUAAAGAUGAACCUGUUCAUCGAAAUAUUUUUGAUAUUUUACAAAAUCCAUCACUUGAACAUAUUAUUAUUAAUGAUAAUCUACCAAUCACUCAUACGAGAUUUGCAUCGAUUUUUGAUAUAUCAUCAGAUAAUAUUCAAACAUUGACUUGUUCUGCUCGUUGGUUAUUAUCAAUGUUAGAACAUAAACAAUAUGAAUGGAUUUGUCUAUUAACCACAAUACGUAUUCGAAAGUUGAUUAUUAAUAGUGAUGAUAUCAUUGUGUCUGAGACGAAUUUAAUUGCUUUUUGUCGAACGUUUAUUAAUUUACAUGAAAUAACAAUGAAAAUGAAAUCAAAAGAAGAUUUAUUUUUUCUUUUAAACAUACUUGAAAACUUAACUAUGGCAAAUAUUGAAUUACCCAGCAUUGCUUUCGAUAAUAUUACUGAUAAUAGGAAAUUGAUUGAAGAAAACACAAUACUUGUCGAUUUUGUUGUUCGUAAACAAAUUAUUUCAUUAGAUACUUGUAGAUUAAUUCUAUGGAUUGGUUCACGUCGCAUUUCAAAUCUUCAACGAACAAGAAGUGAUCUAUAUUUAAAACAUCCGAUUAUUCAUCAACAUUUGUCAUAG